CGACGGGGGUACCCCAUGGGUCGCUUGAGGACCAAAGGCCUGCACCGAUAUACUAUGCCCCACGGAGAAAGCAAGCAUGCACACGAUGCCACUCGAAAAGAAUAAAGUGCCUGGGUGGUGUGCCAUGCAGAAACUGUUCACUUUCCAAUUCGCCAUGUAUAUUUCCACCUCAGCGCAAGUCUCGCAGUUCAGUUGGUCAGUCAAGUCCGUUUCUACUGUCCAACAGCCUCGGAGAGAGUCAAUCUGCGAUAUCAUCUGCCAUCAACGGCAUCUUACCCCCCGCAACCUCAAAAUCAGGCAACUAUCGCCGCUCAGAGAAGGACUUUAGCUCAAAUCGAUCCAGCAAUAGCAACCAGGCAUCGAGGCAGACCUACUGUGCCAGUCCUUCCUGCCGGACAUUUAUCGAGCAGUUUGUCAAUUGGGCAGCGGUACAAAGGGCCCAGCUCACUACCUUUGCCGAUGAUUCCUUUGACCCAGAAUGGGCUUCGCUUGGACAUUCAGAGUUUGGCCCGAUGCAUCCCGGAUUGGAAAUAUCUAUCGAAACCGAGGUCUCUCGUUCUUCGGCCCUGACGGAAUCCAAAAGGCCGAUCAAGAUUCGUCUGCCACCGUAUAACCACAGUAUCUAUCUGAUCCAGUGCGCCGAAGCUGCCAUUGGCCACGAUCAGCAUUACUUUCGACGACGACAUCUUCGGGCCAGAGUCCGCCAAAUGUAUGAAGAUCCAGAGUCUAGUCGAAGUAAAGAUCAUGGUUGGCUAUGCUAUUGGCUUGCCGCACUUGCACUCGGAGAGCUAUACAAGGGCAACGGAGGCGCCAGUGGUGCUAACAAUUCUCUUGACGUCGACCCCAUAUUAUUGGAUACGGCCAAAGAGCCUCCAGGUUCUGAAUAUUACCACCAGUCCAUUGCUUUUCUCCAACAGGUGGCCGAAAAUCCCGAUAUACAAUAUAUUGAGACACUAUGCUUACUGACCAUGUACGCCUUUUCCAUGGACAAGAUCAACACAGCUUACAUGUACAACGGUAUCGGGCUGCGUGCGGCAUUGUCAUUGGGCUUGCACCGAAGUCACUUGGAUUUCCCAUCAGAUCGCUCAGAUCUCACUGUGGCGGAGCUCGAAUAUCAGAGACGGGUAUUUUGGACCGUUUACUACCAGGACCUGCUCACCACAACCACUACCGGUCGCCCUUGGGGAAUCUUGGAUGACGAAAUCACCAUCGAAUACGCUGAUUCUAGCCGUCUUGCUGGCGACUCACUACUAGAUUUCUUCGAUUCCGACGAGUCCAAUGCACACCUAGAACUGAUGCGUCUAAGAGGACAGGCGUAUUCUUCCUUGUACGGCUACGCGGGUACUGCUAUCAACCCAUAUUCCCAUAUAUCGUUGUUCAACUUCGACCUGGGGAAUUCUCUGUCGCAGCAGCACCUGGACAAAAUAGAUGAAUUUCACCAAGGUUUAAUCGCAUGGCAGCAGGAGCUUUUGCCGAAGAUGAAAUUGCUUCGAAGCUGGGACGGCUCGUUGAUGAAUCUGAAUCGGGUUAAUGCCAGUCUACAUCUCAUUUAUCACCAGACCAUUCUUGUGCUUCUCAGACCGGCAUUGGUCAAUAUCCACAAUGACAGGUUUGAUGCGCGAAGUAAAGGAUUUACGAGUGUCAUUGACCUUUUUCCCGGAUCCAAAACAAUGCUGCAAGCAUUCUAUUCCGCCACCUUGGAAUCCGCCCGUGAAACUGCCAGGAUUCUGGAAUGGUUGCAGUACCAGAGUAUUCUUUCGAUUCAUUCCUAUUUCGAUGCCAGCUACGCAUUUACUGCCGCCAUUGUCUUGUAUCUUACCAAGCAACUACGAACGUUCACGUAUCCUGGACUGGAUCCGUUGUUAUUCACCGACGAUGACCAGUAUGCGUUGGACACCGUGCUUCGCAUCCUUCAACUUCAGAGUUCGGCGGGUAACAUCCCGGCGAGAGACUUCGAAAAAAGACUGCGACUGCUGGAGAGCAACCUUUCCGCUCUAGAAGCAGCGCUCGCGAACCACGUGUGCUUGGAUGAGCUCAACUUUGACAUCGAUCAUUUGGAUGCACGGAUGCCGUCGUUGACGGGGCCUACGGAGACACCCUACGCAGGCCCAUGAUCGUUUAAUCACAGCACUUGGUCGGCCUUAGAUGCGUUCAAUUAAGAAGGCCGCAACCGCCAGUCAUGUGAGCCGCUAAGCGUCGCAUCUGCUUGUGUCUGGCCAUUCACUCCUCACUAAGAAUCGUGGCUAUGGAAGUGAAUGCCCACCUACGGGUUUUGGGGGAAAUCCAAUUGUCCCAUGCUGAUUUUCUCGGCUUUUUGCUUCGCCGCAGCAACCUCUUGGUCCAUGACACCCCAAGCAAAAGGCCCAUCGUCGAUGAUAGUUGCUCUUCGUACGUCACGAGCAGUCAUACUCGCGGUAUAUGGAUUGGCGCGGUGCAUCGACUGGCUAUAUAUUAUCACACGUCAGCAUUGUCCAUGACCUAAGAUGCACUUAUAGACAGGUGCAUGUUGCUAGGAUCUGGGCCAAGUCAUGACAUCAAAUAGUGAGGGGUUGCUCCAGGCCACGAACUUACCGAUUGUCCCACCAGACCAUAUCGCCACCAUCCAACCACUCCAUGCUGAAGACAUAUUUCGGUUGCGUACACCAAUCAAUCAAUUUCCAAAUCAAUUUUUGACUGUCUUCGUAUGACCAUCCCACGAUGAGCUUGGCGUGGGCAGCAAUAUACAGUGCCUUCCGCCCUUGUGCGGGAGCUUGUUGAACCAAACGGUGGUACGCGGGGGGUUUUGUCGCUCGUUCUUGCGGCAAAGGCUCUUUGAAGAUUGUCGGCGAUCCUAAUCGACGCGAAUGCCAGAGACUGUGUGUCGACGAGAGUAAGAACGUCAGUUUGAGUGUCAGACGGAAACUAAGAGUGGUGGAUAGCAAGGACAGAAGGGACAAUGCCUUACUCAUGCUCCACCACCAGGUCAUCUAACAUUCCCUUGACUGCUUGCGGGAGGUCUUCGUAUGCUUGUCGCGUGUCGGCAAAAUGCGUCCAGGACCCGCCCCUAGCAGGAGUUCCGUGUGACAAGAGAAGAGAAUACUUGGAGCGUUCUUGGUGGUAUGAGGAGUCCUGUAUCGAUCAUCAGCCAGGAAUCUGCAAGAGGUUGACUGCCACUAGGACUGCCACUAGCAAGACCAGAGCACACUCUGGGAAACCACCAGUGUUGAUGGCGAGAACGAGGUGAAGAGGAGCUUCUUACCGUGUGCCACAAUGCAUUUCCGAGGCUGUGGUGCCAUCUGCGAGAGUUUGGUUGCACAAUGCUCCCGUCUCGAUUGAUACUGUAGAUUGAGAUGCAAAAACUAUGAUCAGUCCUCGGAACGGGGCUUGAAAAUAGCGCAAUUUGUGGGAAUGAUUGUUUCUCUCAGUUGAAGGGUAAAUGACAUACUUGCUAACGUCCCAAAGAAAUGGGUCUCCUAUUCGAUCGUUCUCACGACCAUAAAAGAAGGGAUUAAUUUCCAGUUUCUGCCCAAGUUGUUGCGAGAAAGCGACGUGUCGGUUGUUAUCGAGACCCGUUUUACGAAAGAUGAGCACGGCGUACUCAUCUUGUAUUUCUAUUAGCUGGAGAUGGAUGAUCGAGGUCAGUGUUUCAGAUCCAGAGAAAGAAAAACUCAGAAA